AUGGAGCGCAGCCUCACGGGCACAGCUCCAGGAAAAUGGCAUAACAAUGAGCUGUCCCGAGGGGAAAGUGACAGUGACCAGGAGCUGUCCCCAGUGACAGAGGACAUUGAGCUCUCUCCAGGGGACAGCAGGAGUGACCUGGAACUGUCCCCAGUGGAAGAUGACAGUGAGCUCUCUCCAGUGGACAGCACAAAGGCCAUCGAGGUGAUUCCAGGGGACAGCAUGAGUGACCAGGAGCUGUCCCCAGUUGGAAAGGAUAUUGAGGACAUUGCAGAGGACAGCACGAGUGACCUGGGGCUGUCCCAAGUGUCAGACGACAUCGAUGUCUUUCGAGGGGACAGCAUGAGUGGUCAGGAGCGGUCCCCAGCGGAAGAAAGCACUGAGGUAAUUUCAGGGGACAGCCCAACUGAUGAGGAGCUGUCCCCAGUGCCAGAGGACAUUGAGAGCAGUGCAGGGGACAGAGAGAGUGACAAGGAGCUGUCACAAACAGAGAGUGACAAAGAGCUGUCCCAAGGGCAGAGCAACGAGGGUGAGAAGGUUUCCCCAGAAGAGGUCAAAGAUUAUUCCCAGCUGUGCUCUGGGGAAGACUGUGGUGUCCAGGGCAUGUCCCAAUGGGAAGAAGCUGAGGAUGAAGAUCUCUCCCAUUGGGAAGAAGAUGAGGAUGAAGAGCUCUUUCACUGGGAAGAAGAUGAGGAUGAAGAGCUCUCCCAUUGGGAAGAAGAUGAGGAUGAAGAGAUACCAAGGAUGGCCCUGGUGGCCCAGGAGGGCACAGCCCUUGUGUCCCCAAGCUGGCAGCUGCAGCCUCUGCCACCCAUCCCCUCGGGGGCUCGAGCCGUGGAGCGCAGCCUCAUGGGCACAGCUCCAGGAAAAAUAGAUAACAAUGAGCUGUCCCGAGGGGAAAGUGACAAUGACCAGGUGCUGUCCCCAGUGACAGAGGACAUUGAGCUCUCUCCAGGGGACAGCAGGAGUGACGUGGAGCUGUCCCCAGUGGAAGAUGACAGUGAGCUCUCUCCCGGGGACAGCAACAGUGAGCCAGGGGUGUCCUCAGUGGAAAUGGCCAUCGAGGUGAUUCCAGGGGACAGCACAAGUGACCAGGAGCUGUCCCAUGUGGAAGAAGCCAUUGAGGGCAUUGCAGGGGACAGCACAAGUGACCAGGAGCUGUCCUCAGUGGAGGAAGCCAUCGUAGCUGUUUCAGGGGACAGCCCAACAGAUGAGGAGCUGUCCUCAGUGGAAGAGGACACUGAGGGCAUUGCAGAGGACAACACAAGUGACAAGAAGCUGUCCCCAGUGGAAGAGGCCUCUGAGGUUGUUUCAAGGGACAGUCUGGUUGAUGAAGGGCUGUCCUCAGUGGAAGAGGCCUUUGAGGUCGCUCCUGAGGACAGCACAAGUGACCUGGAGCUGUCCCCAGUGGAAGAGGCCAUCGUGGUCAUUUCAGGGUACAGCCCGACUGAUGAGGAGCUGUCCUCAGUGGAAGAGGCCAUCGAGGUCGCUCCUGAGGACAGCACAAGUGACGUCAGGCUGUACCAAAUGGAAAAUGACAAGGAGCACUCCCGAGGGGACAGCAAGAGUGACAAGGAGCUGUCCCCAGGUGAAAAGGAGUGUGAAAAAGAGCUGUCCCAAUGGCUAGAACAUGAAGCUGGAGAGCUCUCCCAAUUGGAAGAACAAGAGGAUGAAGAGCUCUGCCAUUGGGAAGAUGAGGAUGAAGCACUCUCCCAUAGGGAAGAAU